AGGAAGUGCAAAUGUCUAACACUAUUCAAGCUACGAGGACUGGACUUGCGAAGAGCUUCUUCAGUAAACAAAACAGGACUUAGCAAAGACGAAAGCGGCUAAACCAUAGGUUACUCGAUUCAAGUUGACACUUCCCGGCUCCACGCAUGGAGUCCGACGAGCACCGAUGCCGCGACUCAUCCACCUUUUCGUCUUCUGGAGGAAAGAAAUUUGUACAUCAGCGUGGCGUUUCGAGAUUCGACUACAUUCGUCGCUUGUUUAAGAUAAAUAAAAAGACAGCAAGUUGUUCGGCCAAGCAUUGUGUCAUUCUGCCAAUGAAUGCGGCACCAGAAAUGAUCUUCGUCAUGGGCCGGAGGCUUUUCUAGCCACCAGCCUUAACACUCUAGCAUAUGCAUCCACGCAAGAGGUCUCUGCAUAACUAAGGGAAUGGACGAAAGAGUCAUGGCCAAUGCGGGUGCAACACUCAAGAUCUAGAUUGCGCGGAUGUGAGUCCUGGUUCUGGACUGUAUGGAUUGGUUAAAACUACUAUGGUAGGGAAGCUAUAUUACAUGGAUUGCUGCAAAGUAUAAUGGUACAAUAAUAGAUGUCAGCAAAAAGAAAAAAAGUAAAAUUGAAUUUUUUUUUUUUUUUUUUCCUUCUACGUUACAGAGCAACCUGGCGAUCUACCGGGGACUGUAUACGUUACUUGCGCUGUAACGUAGCAGCCGAAAUCAUACGAGCAAAUAGCUGGUAAUUUUGGACACAGUUCUAGGCUCAUGAGCAAACAAAUCCAUCAUCCGUGUGGAUCA